UGUCAAUACACCCGCCACAUAAGCCAGAGCUAGGGUUUCUACGUUCGAUCCCUCUCUCUUUCUCUCUCUCUCUCUGAUACCUUUCGCAGUUUCCGACCCUUCCCUUCCUCUCGGAGUUUCAACAAUGGCCGUCGGGAAGAACAAGAGGAUCUCAAAGGGGAAGAAGGGAGGAAAGAAGAAAACAGUGGAUCCCUUCUCCAAGAAGGAUUGGUAUGAUGUGAAGGCGCCAUCGAUCUUCAAUGUUCGCACUGUGGGCAAAACAUUGGUCACCAGGACUCAGGGGACUAAGAUUGCCUCAGAGGGUCUAAAACACAGGGUUUUUGAGAUUAACUUGGCUGACCUGCAAGCCGAUGAGGAUCAGUCCUACAGAAAGAUCCGGUUGCGGGCCGAGGAUGUGCAAGGGAGGAACGUCCUCACGAACUUCUGGGGGAUGAACUUCACCACAGAUAAGUUGAGGUCCUUGGUCCGCAAGUGGCAGACAUUGAUCGAAGCACACGUUGAUGUGAAAACAACUGAUAAUUACAUGCUUAGAAUGUUUUGCAUUGGCUUCACCAAGAGACGCCCUAAUCAGGUUAAGCGCACAUGUUAUGCGCAAUCCAGUCAGAUCAGACAGAUUCGCCGGAAAAUGAGGGAGAUCAUGGUCAACCAAGCUACCUCUUGUGAUCUGAAGGAGCUGGUGCAGAAGUUCAUCCCGGAAAUGAUUGGCAAGGAAAUUGAGAAAGCAACGUCAAACAUCUAUCCUCUGCAGAACGUGUUCAUUCGGAAAGUCAAGAUCUUGAAGGCUCCAAAGUUCGAUCUCGGCAAGCUGAUGGAGGUUCAUGGCGACUAUUCGGAGGACGUCGGUGUCAAGGUUGAUAAGCCUGCUGAUGAGACGAUGGCGGAAGGAGAGACCGAACUUGUCGGAGCCUAGAGGCAGAAAAUUUUCAAUUUUGAGUUUUUCUUCAGUUUAUUUUUGUUUUUCUUUUGUUGCAGUUUUCUUUUGUGAGGUACAAGUUUUUGGUAGAUAUGGUUUAGAGCCGCUCUCUGGACUAAAUUAUCCAGAUAUAUCGGAUACUUCAAAAGACGAAAUUGUUAUCUCUACCGUUAUUCGACUGUUUGGAAUAGACAAAUAACAGAUGAUGUGUAAAUAAAUCCUCUAAAAGUAA